GUCACUACAACAGUCUACAAUUCUUCAGGUCUACAUCUUAUCUUUUACACAACCAAAGUUUAACAGAAAAUCAAGAAGCCCUGAAGCUCAAAAACCCUACAAGCCCCUCCCAAAACAUGCUUCUACAACCCACAACCACCGUUAAACUCCCACAUCAAAAAACUGAGAACCAUGUCUCUUUUUCAUCGUCCCUCUCUUAUUCACUCUCUUUUCCAUCUGGGUUUUGCAAUUUGGGUGGUUUUACUAAACCCCUCAUUUGUUCAAAGAAUCAUUUAGUUAUUAGCUGUUCCUCAACAUCGCAGGUGCAUAGCUAUGGAACUGUUGACUAUGAGAGGCGGCCAAUAGUGAAAUGGAAUGCUAUUUACAAAAGAAUAUCUAUGAAUGAUGGUCCAGAAAGAGGCUCUGUUAGUGUGUUGAAUCAGUGGGAGAAUGAGGGGAAAAAGGUUACAAAAUGGGAGCUUUCUAGGGUCAUUAAGGAGCUAAGGAAGUUUAGGCGUUAUAAACUGGCUCUUGAGGUGUAUGAGUGGAUGAACAAUAGACCAGAGAGGUUUAGACUAACCACCAGUGAUACUGCUAUUCAGUUAGACCUGAUAGCAAAAGUACAUGGAAUAUCAAGUGCUGAAGAAUACUUCGUCAAGUUGCCAGACACCUUAAAAGAUAAGCGGAUAUAUGGUUCUCUUUUAAAUGCCUUUGUGCGGGCCAGAAAGAAGGAACAAGCCGAAUCUUUACUUGAUAAAAUGAGAAACAGAGGCUACACUGAUCAUGCUCUUCCAUUCAAUGUGAUGAUGACACUCUAUAUGAACCUUAAAGACUACGACAAGGUUGAGUCAGUGGUUUCAGAAAUGAAGGAGAAACAAAUUCCAUUAGAUAUAUAUUCCUACAAUAUCUGGUUAUCAUCUUGUGGAUCUCAAGGAUCCAUAGAAAAAAUGGAAAAAGUACUUGAACAAAUGAAUCUGGACACUGAUAUCAAUCCAAAUUGGACUACAUUUAGCACUAUGUCUACUAUGUACAUUAAGUUGGGACAGUUGAAAAAAGCUGAAGACUCUUUGAAAAGUGUUGAGAGCAGAAUCACAGGUCGUGAUCGAAUUCCAUAUCAUUAUCUCAUCAGCCUCUAUGGUAGUCUUGGUAAAAAGGAAGAGGUUCUCCGGAUCUGGAAAACCUACCAAUCGCAGUUUCCAAAUAUUCCAAACCUGGGUUAUCAUUCUGUCAUAUCUUCUCUGGUCAGGUUGGAUGAUAUUGAUGGUGCAGAAAAGAUAUAUGAUGAGUGGCUACCUGUUAAGGUGCACUACGAUCCUAGAAUAGGAAAUCUUUUGCUGGGUUUUUAUGUGAGGAAGGGUUUUGUGGACAAGGCUAGUGCUUUCUUCGACCAAAUGAUUGAAGCAGGAGGAAAGCCAAACUCAAUGACAUGUGAGAUCCUUGCCGAAGGCCAUAUCAGGGAACGGAGAAUAUCUGAGGCUUUGUCAUGCUUGAAGGAUGCUGUUUCAACUGAGGGAUCAAAGAGCUGGAGACCGAAACCUGCAAAUGUAUCUUCCAUUCUCAGGCUUUGUCAGCAGGAAGAGGAUACACAAAAUAAAGAAGCCCUAUUGGUGGUGUUGAAGCAAGUUGGGUGUCUUGAUGAUGAAAAGUACAUGUCAUAUAUUCCAUUAUCAAAUGGUACAUUUACCAGUAGUGAGCCAGAAAUAGAGAAGGAAACAUCUGAAAAUGAUGAAGGAUCUGACAUACUGCUCAACCAAUUGCAAGAAGACUUGUGAGACUUUUUCACUCAUUUCGAAAUGCAACUAUUUUUCCUGGUACACACCAUUGGCGAUAAUGCCUCAUGAAAUUGGAUUUUUGGUACAUGGAUGCUCGAGUAAAGCAAGAGUCUGUGUAGAGCUGAGAAGCAAGACAUUCAUGAUAAACACAUAUCUACUGAUUUUGGUUUCUUUUCUUAGGUUUAUGAAUAUCCAUGCCGCUAUAUAUGUAGUUUAUUGAACAUCAAGUAGAAGUGUAUUAUUUUAGCUUCACCAAUCAAUACACAUGUUUUCCCAGGGGUGUCAGUCACAGAAGUGUGUUGCAGGUUUAUUUGUAAAUAUGAUGAAUUUUGCAUUAAUCAAUCUAUUUGAGGUUAAGAUUUCA